UCUCAGAAAAUGUCGAGACAUAAACAACGACUGACCUGUCGAUGGAAAACAUUAAGCGAGCAGUCGGCAUGAACACAAACAGCGCUACAGUCUGUGAUUAUAUGCGUUUUGUCGCAACCCCGUCCAUUUUACCGUCUGCAUUCUAAGAGCUUUCAAAAUGACGAAGCGAAAGACAGUCGGUGGUGAUGAUUUGGAUGGUGAUCAAUCGGUGCCUCUCCCCAUUCAAACCUUCUUUUGGCGUCAGAUCAGCCCCUUCAUCCGGCCCAAGCAGGGGAAGAUGUGUGAGGCAGCCUGCGUGUCAUUUGAGCGCGUGGUUGUCCAGAACAUCCUCCACGGCCUGUCCCCGAGCCUCUGCGAGGCCAUCCAGAGCGUGUCCCGAUGGAAGACAAUCCAGGCCGCCUUCCCUCACCUGAUGCAUGCCUGCUCCAGUCUCCUCACUGUCCGCAAACAGACCCAUCCUGACUUGAGAUUUGGACCCAGCGAGACGAAGCUGUUGUACACCCUUCACUGGAUCAUGCUUGAUGCUGCAUCAGAGUGUGAAGAUGCGGACAUGAGAAACGGGGCAGACAUGUUCAAACACAUCGGCUCACCUCUGUACAUGCACUCUCUCAGCACUGUCCAGCUGUUUGUUUAUCUGUUUGCACCUGUUAUCCAUACAAUGAAAGAUUCCGAUUUUGAUUCUUUGAAGCUUGAGAAUGGUUUGAGAUUGUGGCAGCCGCUUUGGGAUUAUCGUCAACCAGAUAUCCCCUGUUUUUCCACUCCCGUCAAACCACAGAGAAGUGUCUUGAAAGCUACAAGGAACUUGUUGAAGGUGAACACAAAUGCUGCAAACAUCUAUAUAGGGAAAGGAACAUCACGAGAGAACCUGUUUUGCUUUGGAGAAGAAUCGACGAGUCGAAACAGUUACACAGAGCCUCAGUCACCAGGAGCUCCCAUAGCAAGAAUGAGUGACAUAUGUGCGUUCUCUGCCGCUGCAUCAGAUUCCCACACAGCAACAAUGGAUGUAAUUUGUGAAAACUGCAACACUGUGAUGCAGCUGCGACCAAAUGAUGGCCCUCUGACCUGUCGGUGCGGUCAGAAGGAUACCCUGGUGGCCUUCUUUCCAGACUCCAGACUGUAUGCUUUCCACAAGCUUACAUCUGCAGUUGACAAGGAUUAUGUAAAACAGAAACUUGCUAGUGCAAUGACAAGUGGGACCCGAGCCACCGAGGGGCCAGACAUCCUCAGUGCGAGUUACCUGGAUGUGGCAGUGCUGAGGUGUCUCUUCUGCCUGAACUGGAAUGAAGAUGGCAUCUACUGGGCACUGAGGUACAUGCAUCAGAGGAUGCUGGAGGUCAGUGAUGAGUAUAUCCACAUAGAGCAGUGUGAGAGAAGCAGAAGCAAGUCCCUUCCAGUACCUGACCUUCAGGUUCUGUCUGGUGGACACAGCAAGGCCUGCUCUCCAGAGGACCGCUCCGCCGGAGUCAGUCCCACCAGCCCAGACUCCAGAGCAACAUCUCCGCAUAGAAAUAUAUCUCCUACAGAUCCCAGACACUCUUUCCCUCCAGUAAGUUCCUUCAGUGGGCCAGAUGUUAGAAAAGAGCCCCCUUUUAAGAAGAUCAGAGUGAUUGAGCUUAAGCAGUUCUUUGACACAGGGAAGUCUUUCUUAAGGAAGAAGGACAGCAAUGAGUUGGAUGGUAGUGGAUCCCAGUCUCCCAAGACAUCCAAACAUGACCAUGGAAGCAGCAGUCAUAUAUUCUCACGGAACUUCCGGGAUGAUUCCUCCAGCUCUUGUACAAUCUCAACUCUCGACACCGAGUCGGAUGUGAUUAGACCCAACUCAGCCAUGGGGAGCUAUGCUGGGUAUGGGACGGACCGGGAUGACAGAUUCGGAGGGUUGGCAUCUGGAUUUGGAGCACAGAGGAAGAGUAUGCCAACACUGCCGCAGUCUGACAAGGAGUCAUUUGGGAGCAGCAGUCAACAUAGUGGACAAGAUUCCUCAACCUCAUCACAAGCCGACAUUCACUUGAAACCAGAGCCCAUUAAGAGGCCCAUAAUUACAAUCACGGAACACAGCCCAGAACCAAAGAACUUGCCUAACCUUUCUUCAUCCAACUACGAGCUCUCUGGAGGUUCUGACAACCGGGAUGAUGAUGGGUUGUACCCAAACUUGCCAAGGAGUAUGACUGACUCAAAUAUCAGUUACAAGCCAGAGGAGGACAUCCAGGAGGUGUCCGGGUCGAAACAUUAUAUUCAGGACAAUGGCCACGUGAACUACAAGGUGGUACUGAGAGCGGUUCACUUUGUUGCCAUGAACGAACGAUCUCCUCGGAUCUGUGAGGUGCUACUGAACAUCCUGAACUGCCUGCUAGACUUGGACAUCAUCGAGACCAAGACCUCCUCCCCACCGAGGUCGCCUGUCACUCCUGACAGCCAGGACACAACCGACAAGCCACCUCCUCCUGUUGAGAAGCCCACAGAGUCAGACUUGGACAAGGAUAUUACAGCUCACAGCCUGGCCAUGGACAGCUUGUUCAGGAUCUACAAGGCUCUGGGCUGCCCACAAGGCUGUGGAGAUGGAAUUGUUGGCCCUCAAGGAGACCAUCUUCGGAUGAAGGGGCAGAACUGUCUGCAGCAUCUGCACAAGCUCAACCCUCCACUCUUCCACAAGUUUCUCCGUGGAACCGUCAAGCGUCGCCCCCUGCAGGACACAAUUGACUUCCUCCACGCUUUCCUCGGCUUCUGUGUUGAUCCAACAGUGCACACACAGUCACCACAGCCCAACAAGAAGUCAGUAUCCCAGGAGAACUUGCCCCGCAACUGCUAUGCCAACAACUUCGGCCACAGCAUUGGUGGCGAGGGCUACCGUGGCGUGGAGGGUGUCCUCAUAGCAAACCUGCUAAAGCCCUUCGUAUCGCGAUGUGUGGAGAGCGUUGGGGAGCUGUAUGGACAUGACAACAUUGGCCUGUUCUGCGACGUGCGGCAGAUGAUGGCAUAUGUGAAAGAGGUGCACGGAGGGCAGUUUAGGAAGUGUGCUUUGAGUGGCCUGCUGGACUCUCUCCAGAAACUCCGCAGACAGAAGAUGGAGAAGGAGAGAGAGAUGAACAGUAAACCUUCCAAACCUGUCAGGAGGACAACAUCCAUCACUUCUGAGAGCGGAGAUGAGAAGGACCCCCAGAAGUCCCCCAACUUCGUCAACAAUGAAGACGGACAUCAAACCAGUGGCAAGUCCCGAAGGUCAAUCUUCAGAAAGAAGGUCAAGAAAGUGGCCAAUUCGCUGAUGUUCCAGUAUGCGGCAAGUGACUCAGAACUCAUCGAGGACAUGGGCCACGGGAAGCUGAGCCCUCGAACAAGUAUCUCCGCCACUGAUGAUGAGCCACCGUCGGGAACCAGCACACCACGAAGACGAUUUAGGUGGAAAAGAGGCGGAGCCAAGUCUGACCAUGAAGAGGAAGCAGCCAAUGAACCGCCACCUCUGGACCGUAGAGAAAGUAAGAGUGAGAUUCAGGUUCACCGCAAAGGUCGCAUGUCCUUCAAGGCAGCCAGUCAUGCAACCUUGACCUUUCUGAGUGCCAGGAAGAGGAUCGAGGAUGGUAUAAAGACCUUGGGAAAACGUAUGACCAAACGUGGAAGUCAUGAUGAUUUCCGCCAUCCUCGAACUGGUGUGAACCGAGAUGGAAAUGCUGAUGCCAACUUUGAGCAAGAGAAGCGACUAGUAGACAAGUUCCUCAUCAAGUCUGGGAUGCUGAGAUUCUCCUUCCUGCUGGAGUGCUGUCACCCUGGCGUCUUCCCUGACCCGCAUCUUGUAGCAGCCAUGUUGGAUUUGGACGCCCCUGUGGCAGCCAGGGCUUCGAUGCUGUUGGAGUGUGCCCACUUCAUCCACCGCUGUAACCGUGGUGACUGGCCAAACUGGAUGAAAUUGAACCUGCCAAGUUUCCGGCACACUGUUGCUGCACUACAGAACCGCGGCCAGCCGUCUGGGUACCGACGCAACUUGAUGCUGCAGAAGGCUGCAGGGAGACUCUUCUUCUCCUGGGCAGAGAACCUGGGCAACCAGAUGGAGUACAUCUUGGCCAAGGAGCACAGUGACAGGCUGGACAUCAUCAAUGACGUGAAGGACGAGGGUCGCAGGAAGGAGCUAAGGACAGAGGACGAUGAAGAGGACUUCCUUGAUGAAGCAUCAGUGAACAGUUCCGGGACUGAGUGUCCAUAUGCUCUGAAGAUGCUGGGCUGUCUGGUCCUGAUGGAGAUCACCACCUUCUUGAGGGAGACGUUCCAGUACCUGCCUCGUUCCCGCAGCCAGAAGAGAGAUCACAUCUGGGAGAAGACAGUCACGUCACGUCGUUUCAGCAGCAUCGUCAGCAGCCCCGGACACUCGGACAAGAGCUCGGAGUCGAAUGUUGCUGAUCUUCCCCAGAGCACAGGUCCAGUAGGAAGUCCAGGAGAUCGCAAAAUCAGCUUUGCUGUGCUGACGGAGAGGUCCGACUCCUUCCACAGCAGCACAACGUCCAUCUCCGUCCUGGGCAGUCUGGACACAGGGGACGAGAAGAAGGACAGAGGUAGGAGACUGGCCCAGGGUCGUCAGAAGCUUCUGCGUCACUUCCGCCGAGGGUCGGGUCAGCACAACGCCAGCUUCCGACACAACCAGCUUCAAGCUGAAGCGAGCAUGAAGCAGACUAGCAGUAUCAACCAUAGCUUCAAGCUGAAGAGACCCGACGUCGACUUCGAGAGCAUCAAACAUGCAGGCAGUAUCCGGUCCCGCAAGGUGAGCAGCCAGUCCCUGCAGUCGGAGGCCAAGUUUGUGGAAGAGGACCCAGGAGUGGAGGACACGGAGUCAGUCACCAUGCUGAGUGACGACACCCAGGAGAGCCCUGUGGAGAAGGAUGAGGAGGCGGAGGAUGAGAAGCUCUGUUCCAACUUCCCCUGGAUCAAGGUGGUAGUCCAGCUUGCCAACCUCUCCAACUUCAUCUGCACCCACCAGAACUACUGCCACCCCAACUGUUACGAACGCCAACGACGAAGCUGCUCACGCCUUACCACAUCGUUACGGAAGGUGUACCAUUCCACCGAGGAGGAUGAGAAACUGGAUGCUCUCAAACCUGACCUGAAAAAGGACAAUCUCCGUGAGAAGCUCAAGAGAAGGGAAUCCAUUUUUCAACUGACCUCCCCAACACGGCGCCGAGAGAGCACCCCUCUCCUGGAGAAGAUCAAGACGGACGUCUCUAUGACCAAACUGAAGCUGAACUCCACGUGGAAGAAAGACGACAAGCCGAAGGAGGUCAAGGAGGAGGCUCCCGUUGUCAAAUACUUGACUUCACAGGCUCAGCGACUGACACAGUGCCCGAUGGCAAUCCUGACCAAGGCUGCUCCAAUCCUGCGAGUGGAACACUUCAUUGACAUCAUGCCUGUUGCGUGGGAGUUACUCCUUGAGUCUGACCAGGAACUAGCUGCAGCAGCAGCCACUGUGUUCCUGCUCUCGUCUGCCAAGUCCCCGGACAAAGCCCGCAACAUGAUCGUGAAGGAGCUGCAGCAUGAGGAGACUGGUCAGAGGAUCAAUGCUGUACUCAGAUUUGGUGCUUUAUGGAGGUACAGGUACCAAGUGUGGCCAAGGAUGGAAGAAGGCGCCAACAAUUUGUUCAAGGUGCCCCCACCGAGUAUUGACUUCACCCUGCCAUCACCGACCAUCGGCUUGCCCAAGCUGACAGUGGUUGACCCACCAUGGAUGCCUCACUUCAAGGCGAAGAUAGAAGAAGUUACCCUCAAUCUUGAAGACACGAAAUCUCUUGUAACUACGACGACUACAAGACGCAAACAACAGCAAGAAAUGAUUCGCCGAGCUCUUCAGGCUGAGGAGGAGAGAAAGCGAGUUGGGCGUGAAAACUUCCCCAUGACAACAAUUCCGGUGUGUCAGUUGGCGGCAUUUGAGCCAGCGCUUCACCAUGCAUCAGAAGACCAUGAAGAAGCUACUCAGGAGGAAAACUUGGUAAACAUGGCGGCCAGACGAGUAUCCCUAGCGCCAGUCAAUCGAGCUAAUAUCCAAAGUCGUAGCAUGUCAUGGAGAAAUGGUAGCUUGCACUGGGGACGUCUUGGCUACGAAGGUGAGGAAGACCGUAUGGAACAUCCUCAUCACCUGCACAUUGCACAGACUUUCUUCCCAUCAUGCAUCUGUGCUGCAGUACUUCCUAUUCUGCACCUGCUUGAUGACCAGGAUGUCAAUGAAGAUGGCAUCUCAGUGACCGAGGUGGCCAGUAAGGUGAUAUGGGACUGUAUAGUGGAGGACCCUGUGUUGUUCCUCCGGCACUUCCUGGAGAAACUCACACACAAAGACAGACAGGAGGAGCUGAUGUUCCUACUGAGGAAGCUGGUGUUGUACAUCCGCCAGCUGCCGGCCCAGACAGCCCACUCUCUCUUCAACUACCUGAUCGGCUACGUGAUGUUCUAUGUGAGGUCUCCGUGUGAGGGAGGCCAGGAAGCCAUCGCGGGUGCUCUCAGUCUGCUGUGGAUGGUGACGCCGUGUGUGGAGGGCAUCUACUUCAAGGACCUGAAACAGACUCUGAAGAAGGAACAGUGUGAUCCAUACCUGCUGGUGUCAGCGUAUGUUGCCAGCGCCAAGAAGAUCCUGGUCCACGGUCCAGACCUGUCAAGUAUCCCAUCCCAGCUGCCCAUACAUGAGGACACCCAGUUCUCCCAGAUCCUCUCUGAAGGUCUGGAGUUCUUCAACAUCCCCGAGGACCAGGUAGACUCCCACUUCCUGGUGGACACCAAGACCUACCAGAUCCAGAAUCUCAACUCCUACGUCCGUGACUUCUACUUCUUCCGACGGAACUUCUAUCCUCAACUGAGUCUCGUCCGUAUGAACCCAGAUGACGCCUUCCUGGCUCUGCAGAAGAGGGUUUUCACUCUGAAGUUUGUGGACAUUGGGAAGGUGCUGUUCACUACAGCAGUGCUCGGCAGCACUCCACAACACCAGAUCCAGAACCACGUCUCGUUCCUGCAUGAGGAGUUCCUCAAACACCCGGCGUUUCCACGGAAAGCUCUGGAAGCGGAAUUUGACAUGUACCAUGGGCCUUGGGGAAAGGAACUGUAUGGCAUGGACAUGCUACACAAGUACACAUGGACUAAGCUUAUGACGAAAAUGUUCGACUCCAUGUCACCUACAUUUGCCUGGUCCAAUGAUAUGCUACUGUUCCUCAACGUCAUCAACGGCACCAUCGUGCUGCUGUUUGAGGACACGGCCAUUCUACGAUACUGCCUGGCUUCGCUAAUCAACACCUCCAGACACUUCAAACACAUCUUCUCCACCAAUGGGUUCCUCUACAUUAUGCCGACUCUGCUGCGAGUGUACAGCAACAACCAGCCAAACCUGGUGCUGAAGAAGGCCAUCCACUUUGUGUGCCGCCAGUUCUACGUCCUCCACAGGAAACCCUUCAUCCUGCAGAUGUUUGGCAGCGUGGCCCCCAUUUUGGACAUGACCUGUGCUGCAGGGGGCAUUAUUGACUGUAGUAAGGUCCAGCCCAGCUCCUUGUUCAAGCUGCUCCUGGCUCUGGAGAAAGACUGUCCCGACACGCUCGGCACCCUGGACCUGGUCAGAGGAGAGAAGCCGCUCAAAGCUCUGGACUUCUGUUACGAGAAUGACUCGGACACUUUCAACAUGCUGGAUGUGAUCAACAUGUGCAUCACCGUGAUCGCCUACUCCCCCGACUCCUUCCGCAGCGGCCAGAUGCUGACUGUGCUGGAGGUGUUGGUGCCACGCUACCUACAGCAUCUGAAGCGGGAGACAACACAGAGAGACAACCCCAGCGCUGCCCGUGCCGAGAUCUCUCUCAUCUCCAGCAUUGCAUCCUCUCUCCGUUCUCUCAUCAGCUGCUGUGAAUACUUCACCAGGAACAUGAGUCUGCCGCAGCGCUACGUGGAGGCAGUCAACACCAGCAAGCCCGUACAGAAUCACAGCGUACACUCCCUCACGAUGGAUGACAGGGAGGACUCGCAUGCCAGUCGUUACAUGGAAGAAGGUCGCAGAAAGGCCUUCACCCCUGACCCUGAAGACCUUGAACUUCGCACUGAGUUCAGAAAACCGCGUGAUUCCAUUCUGUCCAUUCUGGCGGAGUUCUACACGACAAGCGUGAGCCGACUGCGGGAACUGAGGAAGAUUCUGGCCGACCCUCUCUUCAGGACUCCUGACCUGCUGGACCACAAGACUCACAAUAGGCUGGCUGAGAUUGCCCACACCCUGCUCAAGUUGGCCCCGUACGACCCCCUCACCAUGAGAUGUACUGGCUUACAGAGCUCUGAAUUUCUGUUCAACUCUGAGUUUCUACUUGUACAGGAACAGUGGACCCUGGAGCAGAUCUGUGGUGGGCCGUCAUCCUUCCAGACAACGGACAAGACACUCAACAUGCUGGUCAACUUCAUCUUGCCACUCUGUAUCCGAGUUGGGUGUGGUCGGAGAGACAUUCCAAAGUUGGAGGAGAGGGACGUGGUGUUUAUUCUGACCCUCAUCACCAAUCUGUUGAGUCCGUCAUCCAAGACUCCAGCCACGCAGAACAAUACGAAGAACACGUUGACCAUCAACGAGUACGGCAGGUGCAGCAGCCUCUCCAACACCGACAAGAACACUGCCAAGCUCGUCAGUGAUCACCAGCAACAGGUGGCUUAUGUAGGCCUAGAGAUUCUCCUCAUCUGUUUCGAUAAGCAGCUGGCAUCAGAGUGGCACAGAGUGUCCAAGUGUAUCCAGAUGCUGGCGUCCAAGGGGAAAGUGAGCCUGCCACUGUGGAAGUUCCUAGAUUUCCUCGUCACCCACAGACCAUCGUUGUUCCUGUUGCUACAGACCUUCAUACAGUUCAGGAUGAUGAAGGUAAACUGUGACACGGCCCAGCAGUACUACCUGCAGCAGAUAGUGAAGGACAAGCUGAUGGGGUACAGCUUCACCCACCCCAAGUCUGUGGGGACCAUCCUGCUACACCUGGCUACGGACCUGAAGGCUCUCCGUGAUGACCUGCCCAACAGCACUGGGGGUUACCGAUCAAGAACUGCAACUUUUGCAACAGAUCACUCGGACUACUCUCACACCCAUCCGGACCAUCGUCCACGGACCAGCAUCACUGAGAUCACUGCCGAGAUCCUCGGGCACCCCAAACCUAACCUGGCCGGUGUCGGCAAAAGAGCCAGCAGAGGUACCAUCUUUUCCCAGUCCAGCACGACAUCCAGCGCCGCCCCGCCAAGACAGACCACUGUGGUGUCAAGUGAUGGCACUGACAGCCCAACUGUUGCACGGAGGAAGUCCAGUAAACGCAUCUCUACCAAGGAUGGCACUCGUAUCCUGGAGAAGUUCACAAGGAAGAGCACAGUUGAUGAUACGUCACCUGAGCCUCCAACGCCAACCUCACCCCGGCUUCAGCGCCAAGCAACCAUCUGUCUGAGAGGCACCUGUCCUAAACAGACGAGUCUUGAUGACCCUGCCAGAGUGGUGUUUGAGAAUGAGGAACUGGACACUGCCAAUGGAGCAGCUGGUGGUCGUCUCGCUGACCCAGACCUUGUGGCUGCUCUGGCAGGUCUGGAAUCGGACCCAGGAACUCAUCGCCUACAAAGACAAGAUGCCAAAAGCAGAAAAACCUUCAAAAUCAAACGUACCAAAACCAAGAGCUCAACCAAUAUCCGUCGGUUCAUGUCAGCUCGACGCGGACGGUAUGAGGUGAGCGACCACGAAGGAAGUAGCGAAGACUCGCCGAUUCGAACACCCGGGAGAAUGUCGGACACGGCAGUGGUGUUCCACGACCGAUCUUCCUUCACGCUCCGACGACCUGGAGUUGCAGUGGCCCGCUCUGUGGAAACCAUUCCUGAAUCUGUGGAAGUGAAGACAAGUCGUCCCCGUUUUGUGCCACGGUCAAAGUCCCAUGACGACCCUUCUCUCGAUCCUCGCCCUCCCACUGGACGUAUAUAUCGGCAGGGUGCUCGCAUUGUGCGUUCCCGCUCGCCUUCUCUUAGCCCUGCCUCCAGCCCACCACCCACACGCAGACAACCUCCUCCGCUCGAAGACGCCACCGCAACACCACAGGCAUAUAUUGUCUCUCGAUGUGACUCCUCCGACUCGUUGAGUGCUAAUGAGAGCUCAGCCCUGCUCCGAGAUGACGACAAGAGCAAGUCAAUGAGCUCUUUGUGUAUGUACUAUGCUGAUGAGGAUGUUCCGACCAAGACUCGUGUAGUGUAAUGUGAAUAUGUCUGAUGUGUAUUGCUACGUCCAAGUUGCAGUGUCGUAAUGUCACGUAGACAUGUGCUUCAUUCUCUCACAUUCCUACUCUGUCUAGUCCAAGUCAAAGGAGUAUGUCAAAAGAUGUAGAACUCACAUCAAGUGAUGUUAUCCUGCAUUUGUUUUGAACAUAUGUUUUCAAUGAAUAUGAUUUUCUUAAUGAUACAUGAAAGAGGUGUCUUCUUGAGAAAUUGGAAUGCCCUGAAAAUAACUGUGCUUUGCAAAGCUUCUGUUACAUGUGUUAUAUGUAUUACGCUAUACACAAUCAUGUGAAAUUAAUGUGAAAAGUAAUUGUUUUGUUUUAAUGUGUUAAAAUUCUAGCCAUGUUAGGAAUGUACCACAAAUGGAUCUUCUCAUUGUCGUAGUAAUGCACAUAACUUAUACAAGAUUUUGUCUGUAGGGGUUGUUAAAGUUUUAGAAGUAUGUUGGUGAUAUAGAAUACAGUACUGAUACACAACAUCAUUGGCAUUUCAUGCAAUGCAAGUUUUUCUUUAAUGCAGACUUUUACAACAAGAUAUUCGCAAAUAAUUUGUGCUUCCUUCAGUUUGUAGCCUGAAAAUUAAACCUGCUUGGCUUCCAUUAAAGCAUUCAAUGUGAUAGCUAGUGAUCUCUGUUCGAACAUGUACAUCAUCAUGAUGUUACUGAGGCAGUGUUGAUUUAUUAACUAUACACAUGGAUAUAUCGUGGUGUUGUUAAUAUAUUGACACUUCACUUGGGUAUAUCGUGGUAUUGUUAAUCUAUUGACUUUACAUAAGGAUAUAUCAUGGUAUUGUUAAUUUAUUAAAUCUACACAUGGAUAUAUCAUGGUAUUGUUAAUCUAUUAAAUCUACACAUGGAUAGAUCGUGGUAUUGUUAAUUUAUUAGUUCUACCCUUUGAUAUAUUGUGAUUUUGUUGAUCUGUUAUAUCUGCACAUGGAUUUUAUGAUGGUAUUGUUAAUCUAUUAAAUCUACACAUGAAUAUAUCAUGGCACUGUUAAUUGAUUAACCCUACACGUAGACAUACAUGUAUUGUCGUAUUGUUGAUCUAUUGACUCAACACUUGGACAUUUUGCUGUGGUAUGGUUCAUGUUUACUUGUUUAUUAUGAGGCUUAUUAACUUUGACAAAAUAUGUUAACUUGUAGAUAUAUCUUAUUUAUCUAUUUAUUUAUUAAAUAUUUGCAUGUGUGUUAUUGGGAUGGCUUUGGAAGGGGAUAUAAUGGAAUAUGUGCAUGAUUUUCUGAAACCGUUUUGGUGUAUUAAAUUUAAUGUAUGCUUGCUUUAUGCUUUGAAUGCUUUUGCUAAAGAAAGAACUCAGUGUGGCUUUGUUGUAAGUAUAAAUUACUGGUAGGUAAAAUUUGUUUCUCAGAGAAUCAGAAUCUAUGAGGGUAAGUGCAACCUUCUGAGUAGAAGUCUUGAAAAAGACUGUCAUCAAAUUCUCCAAAUAUUGUGCAGAUUUUAAUUUGUCUUUUGUGUAACUUAAAAGAAUUGAAGGAACAUCCAUUGUUUUCAUAUGACAGUGGUAUAGCCUGUCACAGCAGGUGAGUCUUGUAACAUGCAACCUUUCUAACUGUGGGUGUUGUUUAGAAAAUAUUUGUAUAUAUGGAGUAAAAGGUGUUUUUUGCGUGGAGACUGAUUCUUGCCUACUAUGGGGGUCACCAGUGAUAUAAUUAGGAUGACGGCCUUUGUAUGAAGUAAACAUAGUAAAAUAUAUCUAGACAAAAUAUGAAAUGACAAACAAUGCUAAAAUUAGGUGUUGCAACAAUAUUUUGUGAACAUCACUUUUCAUGGCUGAUGACUA